AUGCUUGUCUUCCGCAUCGCUGCCGUGGCCAUCACCGCCCUGCUCUCCACCCCUGCACUUGCCUGCCAGUGCAACACGGGCGGCACGAUUAACGAUGUACAGACCGUGUAUUGCUGCGGCCAACUCGGCGGAACCGCCACAGGCGGCAACCAGUGUGAGGCUGCUUCCAUCUCUGAGCACCUCUCCAACUUCCGCAGCUGCUGCGGUGGCGGAUCCGAUUGCGAUUUCCCCAAGGAGAAGCGCGACGGGUUCGAGACUGUCGUUGUCAACUAG